GGGAGGAAGCAGAGCGCCUUUCCCCUGACUAAAAGGGGCGCACGCAAUUCUAAUUCCCUCGAGGAGCUAGCGAGAAGGCACCAUGGUCAUGUCGCUGAACAAGGGGAUGCGCUCGCACCGAGAGAGGCCGAACAAGUAGCGACCCACUUUCCCGAGUCGAGUCGAGUCGAAUCGAAUGCCAUCAGUCCAGCUCCUCGCUCCGUGGCGAUCGAAGGCGGCUGCCCUCCACGCGGCAAAGUCGAAGUCAAAGAAGACGAGCUCGGCGAGAGAAGCACCGCCUAGCUCAUGCCCGUCUCGUCUCGUCUCGCCUCAUGCCGUCUCUGCCUCUUGAGCUCUCGACUUCUCCGCUCACGACUUGCGUCUCACGUCCCACGACUCGGCGUCUCGAACCUGAACCGCAACGAUGCGUCUUGCUCCGAUCGAAAAGCGUACUCUACACGAGUAGAUGAAGGAGGUCUUGGCUUGGUAUCAAAUCGUGCGUGCACGGUGCACGGUCUUGCGGCGACUUUUCCCUUCUUUGCCAGGCCUGCCUUGCCGGUCUCGACCCUCGUCCCGCUGCGCGCUUGCUGUGAGCGAACGAACGCUCGUGGUGUGUGUGUAUGUGAGACGAUUAUCAUGCUGCUUCGCGGAUGUUCGCUCGAAAUAGACGAUACGACACGGCACGACACGAUGCGUUCUGCCUUCGUUCGGCGCAGCGCUGCGCCCACGCCCGCGUGCGUCUCGCUCGAGGGAAGGGUCGUACCCUAUUAGGCGCUUUACGCUCAAAUCGGGCGGGCGCACUUGCCUCCUUGCGAGGGCGUACUUGCUCCUCGGCAAGUCGGGUGCGAGCACAGCACAGCAUUAAAGUCCCGACGACGGGCGGGGCGAGGUGAGGCGAGGCGAGGCGAGGAUAGGAUGGAAGGCGUGGACGGGAAGGCGUG